GCAGCUCCCUACCCUCACAAAAAAUACGUCUGGAGUACUAAUCUCUCAUUCUCUCUCCAUUUUCAAGUUUCAAUCUCUUUUUCUUUCUGCAUCCACUCCUCAAAAGGAGAGAGAAAACGAAAAAAAAAAAAAAAAGAAAAGAAAUACACUAAUCCCACUCCAAAACACUUUCGUAGACAGGGAGAGAGAAGAGAGAGACAGCGGAAAAGGGAAAGUAAGUUUGGAAGAAGAAAGCUAUGCCCGUGAAACAGCAAAAGAAUUACUGAAAUAUUCUGAUUUUUCUCUUCUGGGGUUCGCCUUUUUGAGCUCGCCAGAUCGGCUUUGCGUGCUGUUGAUUUUUCACGAUUCUGUCUUUCACCUCAAAUGUUGGAGUUUUUGUUGCAUUUGUGAGCUGGGUUUUUGAGUUUGGAGUGUUUGGAGCCUUUUCUUUUGGGUUUUAGGUUUUGUUUCCAAGUGGGGUUUUGGAGGUUGGCUCUGUGAUGAUUGUGUUUGUUGGCCAGUUUUACCAUUUGGAUCUGAUGUUGAUGAUCACUUAAUGGAGAUGGAGCUGUACAAGGUUUUGGCUCUGGGUUUCGUCUCUUUGAUCUUGUUGGUUCGUCCACUAUGGCUCGUUUCUGCCAACAUGGAAGGUGAUGCUUUGCAUAGCCUAAGAACCAGCUUGCAAGAUCCUAACAAUGUCUUGCAGAGUUGGGAUCCCACUCUUGUCAAUCCCUGUACAUGGUUUCAUGUUACAUGUAAUAAUGAUAACAGUGUCAUAAGAGUUGAUCUUGGAAAUGCAGCUUUGUCGGGCACACUUGUUCCACAGCUUGGCUUGCUAAAAAAUUUGCAGUAUCUAGAGCUCUACAGUAAUAACAUAAGUGGAGUAAUUCCAAGUGAUCUGGGAAAUCUGACUAGUUUGGUGAGCUUAGAUCUUUAUUUGAAUAGAUUUUCGGGUCCAAUUCCAGACACAUUGGGCAAGCUGUCAAAACUCCGGUUCCUCCGGCUGAACAACAACAGCUUAGCAGGCCCCAUUCCUAUGUCAUUGACUAAUAUUUCAUCCCUUCAAGUGCUGGAUCUAUCGAAUAACCAUCUCUCAGGCAUGGUUCCAGAUAACGGUUCCUUCUCCUUAUUCACCCCCAUCAGUUUUGCCAACAACUUGGAUCUUUGUGGCCCUGUUACUGGCCGUCCUUGCCCUGGAUCUCCUCCAUUUUCUCCUCCUCCACCAUUUGUCCCACCACCACCUAUAUCUUCACCAGGAGGGAAUAGUGCGACUGGAGCUAUUGCUGGUGGAGUUGCUGCGGGUGCUGCUUUACUUUUUGCAGCUCCAGCAAUUGCGUUUGCAUGGUGGCGUCGUAGGAAACCCCAAGAAGUCUUCUUCGAUGUUCCUGCCGAAGAGGAUCCAGAGGUGCAUUUGGGACAGCUUAAAAGAUUUUCACUGAGAGAACUACAAGUGGCAACUGAUAGUUUUAGUAACAAGAACAUACUUGGGAGGGGUGGAUUUGGCAAAGUCUAUAAAGGUCGAUUGGCAGAUGGUUCUUUAGUAGCUGUUAAAAGACUUAAGGAAGAGCGUACACCAGGUGGAGAGCUGCAGUUUCAAACAGAAGUAGAGAUGAUCAGCAUGGCCGUGCAUCGGAACCUACUACGACUACGUGGAUUUUGCAUGACACCAACUGAACGACUUCUUGUUUACCCCUACAUGGCCAAUGGAAGUGUUGCGUCUUGCUUAAGAGAACGACCACCAUCUCAACCACCUCUUGAUUGGAGAACGAGAAAGCGAAUUGCAUUGGGAUCUGCAAGAGGGCUGUCUUAUUUGCACGAUCACUGUGAUCCAAAGAUUAUUCAUCGUGAUGUAAAAGCUGCAAAUAUUUUGCUGGAUGAGGAGUUUGAAGCUGUUGUAGGGGACUUUGGGUUGGCCAAGCUUAUGGAUUACAAAGAUACUCAUGUCACCACUGCAGUACGUGGUACGAUUGGACAUAUAGCUCCUGAGUACCUUUCCACUGGGAAAUCUUCUGAGAAAACAGAUGUUUUCGGGUAUGGUAUCAUGCUGUUAGAGCUUAUCACUGGUCAAAGGGCUUUUGAUUUGGCUCGACUUGCCAAUGAUGAUGAUGUCAUGCUUCUUGAUUGGGUGAAAGGACUAUUGAAAGAGAAGAAGCUAGAAAUGCUGGUUGACCCUGAUCUUCAAAAUAAUUAUGUAGAAUCUGAGGUAGAACAGUUGAUUCAAGUUGCUUUACUCUGCACACAAGGCUCCCCAAUGGACCGACCAAAGAUGUCCGAGGUGGUAAGAAUGCUUGAAGGUGAUGGAUUGGCAGAAAGAUGGGAUGAGUGGCAAAAGGUAGAAAUCCUUCGGCAAGAAAUCGAUCUAUCGCCCCAUCCAAAUUCCGAUUGGAUUGUCGAUUCAACUGAAAAUCUGCAUGCAGUCGAGCUUUCUGGUCCAAGAUGACCUCCCCAUGGCUCGGUAAAGAAAAGGAAUGAUUUGUGACUUUAAUUUUUACUUAUAAAUUUCUUCUACUUUUUUUCUUCUUUUUUUUUUUCUCCCCCUUUUUGGUUUCUCUUUCUUUCUUAGCAACCAUAUCCUAUUCCUAAUUAUUCUGUAACUGCAUUUUGAAAUUCAUUUGUGCAUCAGUAAUCAGCCUUUGUCCAUUUGCAAAUUGUACCAUCUUAUAGUGCAAGUGAUGGUGUUUUAUA